GCGCCGUCAUUGGUGCGCCUGAAUGCUGCAGCUCGGGUCCAGAUAUCUGGUGUCAAUCAGAACCCAGAAAGAAAGGAAGUGGGAGGGAGGUGAUGCUGAUCCUCAGAAAGGAUGCUAUCGAUCAGCCUCGCAGAUGUUUUGCAAUCAGACGGCACAUGCACAUGUGUAUAAGCCCACAUUUUUUCUUCUUAACAGCUGAUAUUGAGGUAAUGCAAGCAGCAACUUAUCCGAGCUCCGCGGUGAAGCCGACGUUUCGAUGCAGAACUCCUUACCGCUGUCCGGGAUGGUGAGCCACUGUCAGACCCCCACCUUCAGCGACUUCUCUGCCGCCCAGACGCGAUCGGUGUACGGCGGCAGGGCGGACACAUGCGCGCGGCGAGCCGGAGCCACCGGCUACGGAGCAGCUCUGGCUUACCGGAACCCACACCAGCAGCACCACCACGAUGACAGCAGCCCCAAACGUAAAGUGCACGUAGCUGCCAAAGCUCCACGCUCCUGCUUCACUUUCCCAUCACUGCAAGGUAACGGUGCCUACUGCCUAGAAAAGAAUGGAAACAGCACUGAGCUGGGGGACGCCCAAGGCCCCAUGAUGCCAUGUGGGCAGAGUUUGCCACUGCCCUUGGGGGGUCACCCUGGGGGGCUUUACCCACAGAGCCUCCACUGCGACAGUCCAUCGCCUGAUCUUCUUCUGCAGGACAGCCCGCACCAGGAUGCCAGAUCAUCCACUUUUCAGAGGACCCUACCCGGGGCCUCACCUGGCCUGGGCUGUGGCGGUGCCAACAGGGCUCCGAGUGCUCAACCGUAUACCAUCAAAGAAGAGAACGCCAUGGGUUACGCCAUUUCCAGCAUGGCACUCGGGGUCCACAGCGCUGGGUUUCAGAACUCAAGGCCUGGCAUACCUUUGGGAGGGCCGAGGGACGAGAUGGUCACACAUGUUAGCAACAGCACCGACAACGUGAGUGCGGAGGGGUCGCAACCGUUUAAUAAUGAAGAUGGCUCCUCCCCGUUGGCUUUGUCCCCAGCAAGCUCCCGUCAGUCAGCACGACUGCUGAGCACAAGCAGUCUGAAAAGACGUCGCCUUUCGCUCGUUUCUCAGUCUACCGCUGAAACCGGUGGCAUUGCGCUCGCAGAUUCUCCAUCGGCUACUCGAACUGCCUCUGAGGAGAUAAACAUCACCGCCAUCAUCUGCUCGUCCUCGCAGAUGUCCAUGGUUGCUUGUGUCAACGGGUUCCGCGCCAACCUCUCACCAAGCCACACUAGCAGCGGCGGCGGCUUCACCUCCUCUUCCUCCUCCUCUUCGUCUGCGUCCCCAUCUUCUAUACCCUGCUCUCGAGAAGCCCCCCACAAACCCCACCUACACGACAGCCCCCAGCGGGCCUCGCUGCAGGAGAGCUGUCAGCUAUCUUCACCUGCCACCUGCCUGCUGUCCCUUUCCUCCUCCUCCUCCUCCUCAUCUUCCUCAUCGGUUUCGUCAGUGGAGCAAGGCCGGGGGCCGUGUGAGGAGCAGGGCUCCAUGCAGCAGGGGCCAGGACCAGGAGGUCCCUCCCUGGGGAAUGCAGGAGGCUCGGAUGGAUUGGGGUUACUCAUGAGUGGGGUGCUAAUGUCAGGGACGUUACAGACGGGGGCAGAAAAUGGGGCUGUAUUGGACAGGAGCCAAAGAUCGGGGACGGCCCUCAAACAAGAGCCCUUAGAUGACUUCUCUCCAAGUGAAGACGAACUCUUGCAGCACCGCUAUCACCAUCAUCACUUAAGCGGGCGCAAUGGGCAUCUUCGCCACCUCCAUCAGCAUCUCCGUGCUGCCAUGCCCCCGCCUUAUCAUAUCCACCAAUAUGUGGGGGCCAGUUCUGGCAAUAACCAUCAGUCAGCGACUGGCUCCUCUGUCGGACUCAAACCUGCCACGGCAGGCCCUCCCGAGAGCGAGGAAGUUGGGGUAACACAGGCCGAUAAGCAGUCUUGUCGCUGGAUUGACUGCAGUGCUGCCUACGAACAGCAGGAGGAGCUUGUGAGGCAUAUUGAGAAGGUCCACAUUGACCAGCGCAAAGGUGAGGACUUCACCUGUUUUUGGGCCGGCUGCAUUCGUCGCUACAAGCCUUUCAACGCCCGCUACAAGCUGCUGAUACACAUGAGGGUUCACUCUGGAGAGAAACCUAACAAGUGUAUGUUCGAGGGCUGCAACAAAGCCUUUUCACGUCUGGAGAACCUGAAGAUCCACCUGAGGAGCCACACGGGGGAAAAGCCUUACCUAUGCCAGCACCCGGGCUGCCAGAAAGCUUUCAGCAACUCCAGCGACCGCGCCAAGCAUCAGCGCACUCACCUGGACACGAAACCAUAUGCGUGUCAGAUCCCGGGUUGCACCAAGCGAUACACUGAUCCCAGCUCCUUACGCAAGCACGUCAAGAUUCACUCAGCCAAAGAGCAACAGGUGCGUAGGAAGCUCCGCCCAUGCCCUCACCUGGAGUCGGACGUCCUGAACGACUGUCUAUCCAUGCAGCAUCUCCAGACGUCCAGCCACCCUCAGCAUCUGUACAGUAGUAAGGAAGGAGGUGCUCCAGGACUGGGCCAAGAUGUGUACACAGGCUUGUACGCUGGCUCCGGCACCCCCCACCACAGCUCCUCAGUGGAGCUGCUCUCCCCCGCCGCCAACCCUGCCCCCACCGCUGACCUGCCCUCCCGACAGCACCGAGACCUCAACAGCCCGCAUCACCUGUCCCCGAUGGCUGCCAUGGAGGGUCCCAGAGACAGCAUGUCAGGUCCCCUCCUGUCUCCAGGGAUGAAGGGAACAGGGACUCCUCCUCCUCCUCCACUGGAGAAGCAUCAAGUCCAAAGUCAGCAUAAACCCUACACUCACUAUCACCACCAUCAGACUCCCAGCAACGAAUUCCAAGGCAGCUUUCAGAGCUGCUUCCACUUCACGGACUCCUACCGGAUGGAGCAGACGGUCAGCAGCGUCCACACAACCCCAGGAGAUUCUCACGCCUACACUUCCCAUCAGCUCAAUGGCUUCCACAUGUCCUCCAGCAACUCUCUGGGCUCUGCAGGCUUCAACUUGACUCAGGAGCUGCAAGGAGGCACUGAGGUGUGCCAGUUCUCCUCCAGCCCAGAUGAGGGCGUCUUCUUCCAGGUGGGAAGCUUCGAACGCGGCCUGAGCCACAUCCCAUCAGUGUACACCGAGUCGUAGACCACCAACACAACAAACAAAAACACUGGAGCCCACUCUGCCGUCCAUGUGCUUUCACUCCACAUCCACCCCUUUUCAGAAUCCACUUAUCUUAAAGAAACAUACCUGAUUUCUCCUAGCCAAUCAGUGAUGAAAGGCAAUAAUAAUAAUAAUAUUAAAGCAAUUAAACACAUAUAUUAUCAUUAAAAUAUAUCUGAACCAUUAUGAAAAUAAAUUACCAGAAUUACAUUCAAAAUUAUAAAAGAUACAUUUAUUUUAGUGUAAUGCAGCAAUUUUCUAAAAUAUAUAACGCAAUAAAAUUCAGACUAUAGCUAUUGUGUCUCAAUCGAUCAAUUUCACUGACCCUAUGGAAACAAUAAUUAGACUGUCUUGCUACUAUGCGAACACUUCCAUUCUACCCAUGCAUUUAAAAAAUAAUCCGAUUGUAUUUUAUUGGGUUUUAGACUGAACAAUUGAGAGAAAUGUAUCAUGUUGCUGUGUUGGUUGUUUUUAAUAAUAUUGUCUGAUUUCUUGUAUUUUUGUUGUGUGGGUUUGGGGGAAGCAUCUCUUCUGUAUUAAAGCAAAGAAAGCAUCCGGUCAAUCAGCUUUUAAUAUUGUAUGUAUAAAAUGUACAGUUUGUUUACACGCAUUUGAUUGUUGAAUACAAUUUCCCCUUUCAAGAAAUAAAUGCCUGAAUGAACAUGUAAUCACUUGUGUACAUGUACUGUAUGUAGAAACAAUCAUUUUCGCAGAGACUAUACGCCCUCUAGUGGACGUCGG